AUGCAACCAAUUGAAGCGAUAUCUUCAAACCCUUCCCAUAACUUGGCGAACCUCCUUUCAAAAUGCAUUCGAACUAAUGAUCUCAAGCUGGGGAGACUCAUCCAUUCACGGCUGAUAAAGACAGCAUUAAACUUUAACACAUUCCUCGCCAAUCGGUUGAUUGACAUGUAUGCUAAAUGUAGCUCUGUAGAAUAUGCGCAACAGGCAUUUAAUGAAGUAUCAAACAAGAAUGCACAAUCUUGGAACACAAUACUCUCAGCUUAUUGUAAAAAGGGUCUUUUUGGGGAAACCUUCCAGGUGCUCGAUGUAAUGCCUGAACCAAAUGUUGUGAGCUAUAACUCGGUUAUAUCUAGCUUAACUCAUCAUGGGUUUCCAGGAAAAGCUAUGGGCUUUUUCAAAAGAACGCAAAGACAAUGUGGGGAUGAGUUCUUGAUUGACGAAUUUACAGUUGUUGGUGUGGUAAAUGCUUGCGCAUGUUUGGGUGUGUUGAGGUUGUUGCGCGAAUUGCAUGGGUUUGCGACUGUGAUUGGUGUGAGGUUUAAUCUUGUGGUUUGCAAUGCACUGAUUGAUGCUUAUGGGAAAUGUGGCAAACCUGAGUACUCAUAUUCUGUUUUCUGUCAAAUGCACGAGACUGAUGUAUUCUCCUGGACUUCGAUGUUGGUUGCUUAUAUACGUGCAUCUAGAUUGGAAGAUGCGUGUUCACUUUUUGAUAACAUGCCAGUCAGAAAUGUGGUGGCUUGGACUGCUUUGAUCAUGGGGUUUGCUCAGAAUGGAGAAGGAGAGAAGGCUUUGUGUAUUUUUAAGGAAAUGCUGGAAGAAGGUAUUGUGCCCAGUGCAUCCACUUAUGUUAGUGUUCUAGGUGCUUGUGCAGACAUACCUAUUAUAGAAAAAGGGAAGCAGGUUCAUGGACACAUUUUUAGAUAUACGUGUUUAAUUGAUUUGCAUAAUGUGUUUGUAGUUAAUGCUUUGAUUGACAUGUAUUGUAAAUGUGGAGACAUGAUAUCUGCUAUGACAUUGUUUGGGAGGUUAGAUGGGAAGGAUCGAGUUACUUGGAACUCAAUAAUAAUUGGGUUCGCUCAAAAUGGGAAUGGAGAGAUGUCAUUGUUCAUGUUUGACAAAAUGAUUGAAGCAGGUACAAAACCAAAUCAUGUAACUUUUCUUGGGGUUUUAUCUGCCUGUAGCCACUGUGGUUUACUAUCUGAAGGAUUCCACUAUCUUCAUUCAAUGGAGAGGGAAUACGGUAUAGUGCCCCAAUUAGAUCACUAUGGGAUCUUGAUUGAUUUACUUGGACGGAAGAAUAGACUUUGGGAAGCUGCGGAAUUAAUCAAGGGAGCUCCUUGGGGAACAAACAAUAUUGGAAUGUGGGGCGCGCUUCUGGGUGCUUGCAGGGUACAUGGGAACUUAAAACUUGCUAGAAGGGCAGCAGAAGCUCUAUUUGAGCUGGAACCUGAUAAUGCUGCCAGGUAUAUUAUGUUAUCCAACAUCUAUGCAGCAGCAGGAAGGUGGGAUGAUGCCCGCAGUCUGCGAAGGUACAUGGAUAACAGAGGAUUGGUGAAAGAAGCAGCUUAUAGUUGGAUUGAGAUAAAAAACAUCAGACAUAAGUUUGUCAGUAAAGACCAGUCCCACAGUCGGUCAGAAGAAAUAAAAGAAUUGCUAACUAAACUCAUCGAUCCAAUGAAGGAUGUUGGAUACGUAUUUCAAACUGAAAGCUCAAUACUUUCUUGA